AGCCGCUGAGGUCAGCUGGAGCACCGGGGAGACACCGGGAGAGGCGUUUGUGGAGGAAACUUGAAAAUCUCCAGCAGAAUGGUGAUGAGGAUGAGAGAGUUGGCAAGUCAUGGAUAGAUCGCCACAAUGACACACGAGACCCUCAUAAGCUCCCAGCUGUCUGUGAAGGCUGCCGCCCUGCGCAUGGUCGACCUACCGCUCUCCGUGUACGGCUCCCUGGCACAGGUGAGUGUCAGCACAGGCACCAAGAAGCUGGUGGCAGCCACUGCCUUCAGUGCCGUCUCGCUCCUCUUCCUCGCGCGUCGCUUCCAGAGGAGGAAGGGCAGGAAGAAGACUCACUCACCUCAGUGGGAGCAGGCGGGCUUUGAGUUUUUGUCCCCGGCCUCAGCAGAGAGCGAUAACACCAGUCAAAACAUCACUCUCUCCCUCAACUCCAAGAAUGGCUACUCCUCUGGUCUGGUUCUCACUACAGGAGACUACAGAAAACUGUCCGGGUCUCUGCUGAGCCUGGCCUCGGUAAAAAGCAUGAACUCCUCCAGCAGCAGCACCUGUGCAAAUGAAUCCACCUGUUGGGACCGAGUGGGGGAAGCUGAUAUCUGCAGCAUGGUCAACUUACCUGUCACCACACCUGAAAACCUGUACCUUAUGGGUAUGGAUUUAUUCGAGGAGGCUCUGAGGCGGUGGGAGGAAGCGUUGACAUUCAGGAGCAGGCAGCGCGAGGACGAUGCCAGCUGCGCGUCCGUCAAAACUGGAGCUGGAGACGCCAUCGCAGAGCAGAGCAUGGAGGAUGUCAUCAGCGCAGAGUUCAUCCACAGGCUGAAGUCUCUGCUGCAGAGAGCUUACAGUCUCCAGGAGGAGUUUGAGGGAGUGUUGUGCAUGUCAGAGCCCUCAUCCCACAGCAACAGCCAGGAUAAAAUGGCAGACAUUUUGGCCAGAGAGGAGCCGGACGACGCCUGUCUGAGGGACAGCAUCAGCAUCGCCUCCACUGACUCGUUUGUGUCUGCUGCUGAGCUGUCAGAGCACAGAGAGCUGAGGAGCGUCUUCGCUCUGGGUCAUCACCCUUUCUACGAGGAGGCGCUGCAGAUGGCCGAGGACGGCAAGAUCUCCUGCAGGGUGCUGCGGACGGAGAUGCUGGAGUGUCUUGGGGAUCUAGAUUUCCUGGCCAAGUUGCACUGUGUGCGGCAGGCGUGUCAGCUCAUUUUGCGCGAGAGAACAACCAGGAUGUUUCUGGCCGACACGGGAAAGAAAAUACUGUCUUCCAUCAUCGUGAAAGCUCAGAAGAACCCGAACAGAUUCGAGGAAGUGUUUGAGGAGAUGAUUUCCUUCCUGGAGCACACGGAGCACUGGGAAAACACAGAGGUGGAGCUGGCAACACGAGGGGUGAAGCACUUGAACUUCUAUGAUAUAGUGCUGGACUUCAUCCUGAUGGACUCAUUCGAGGACCUGGAGAAUCCACCCAUCUCCAUCCAGAAUGUGAUCAACAACCGCUGGCUCAACAGCUCCUUCAAGGAAACUGCGGUGGCUUCAAGCUGUUGGUCAGUGAUGAAGCAGAAGAGACAGCACAUGAAGGUACCUGACGGCUUCAUCGCCCAUUUCUACGCCGUGUGUGAGCAGAUCAGCCCCGUUCUCGCCUGGGGUUUCCUGGGGCCCCAGAGCUCCCUGAAUGACUUCUGCUGCUUCUUCAAGGAUCAGGUGCUGCACUUCCUAAAGGACAUUUUUGACCUGGACAAAGUGCGCUACUCCUCUGUGGAGACUCUGGCUGAGGACAUGCUCCACCUGCUGCACCGGCGCUCUGAACUGCUGCUGGCCUACCUGGGCGCCGACUCCCUGCGGCACGGCAACGGCUGCAACCCCCCGCAGGUGCAGCUGGUGGCCGGCGCCCUGCUGGAGGCACGAGUGCAGUGAGAGUGGGCCCGAUCUCCAGACAGACCUCAUCGAACACCACACACUGGAAGUCUCAGCAUUUAUUCUAGGGUGAGUUCACACAAACUGUCGGACCAAAGAAGACCGUCAGUGGGUGCAGGAGGUCUGAAAUGACUGGAUCUGAUGCACAGACUGGUUAAACCAGGGUUGUCACUCUUUUGUAAUACAGUUCAAUACAAUUUCAAUACAUUUCAAGCAAUUCAUUUCAAAAUGAAGGGCCAGUAAUUCACAUUGAUGUUACCCAGCACAGUUCUGUACAAAGACCUGAAUGGUUUACCUUAAUUACAUGGCAGUAGAAAUUCAAGGCACCACCCGGGAAUAUGUGGAAUAAAUAUCCGUUGAUUCCUUCAUAAUUCAUUUAAUCAUUCACUUACGCACAUUAGGCAGUUUACCAUGAAAUAUGUGUUCAUUUACGGAUCAGCAGAAGCUAUUUUUAGGCCCAGUAAAUGCAGUUCGAACUUUUUCUGCUGCUACUGGUCAGAGGCUUUUGUCAAAAUAUUGUUUUAAACGUUUUUUAUGUUGGAAAACAUGUUUUAAACAUGAUUUUUAACCAUUUUUUCAGGCGUUUAAAAUGCCUCAUGAAAUGAAAAUAAAUAUUUUUUUUAAAAACCUCUGACCACAAGCAGCUAUUUCUACAAGGAAACGUUUGUACAUUUUGGCCACUGGACCUCUUACAAAUCAGGAGAUUUUUGGUUUUGAGUGGAAGCAAAAUGUCAUUUUAAGACAACGGCCACAGAGCUGUUUCUGUCUGGCCUUAGAGAAGCCUUUCUUUUACCAAUACAAAACAAAUUGAUUAAAUCGAUGCCGAAUAUUGUGGAACUUAUCAUUUGAUCAAUUUGGACGGCUUUGUGUCGUGUAUAUUUAAUGAAAAUAACACAUUUCUGUGCCCUUUGGACGUUUUCAUGAUGUCUGUGUGAAAGACUUGUUAUAGGAGCCAAAUAACCAGAAAUCUCACUGUUCAUCAUGAGAGGGUCCAAGGUCGGGUGCCCCCCCCUUUCACAGACACUGUUGAUAUGUUUAAUAGUUUUCCCCUACAUGAUGAAUUCUGAUCUUACCACCAAAAAGCAUGAAAACGCAUUUUAGGAUUAUUUAGUAAAAUGUGGCCUUCACACUCAUCCAUCUUUAUCACAUUCCCGGAGGUUUCCAAAUCGCAAAUACA